AUGAGUACGCAAAGAACACCGCCGUGUACAAUGUCUCAAAAAAUUGAAAAUGACAGUGAUGGGGGCCACCACACAUCAGCGCCUGCUUCAAAUAACGUAGCAAAAAGACCUAGCAAACGCGCAGCCGUCUACUCUCCUCCAAUUGGGAAUUUACCAGAAGGCGCGGACUAUGCUACAAACACAGCGCUUCGCAACAUAAUUGAAGACGUAGUACUGCGGGAAAUGAGUGAUUUACUGACUAAACUUAACAUCUCAAUGGGCACUUUGCUUAAAACCCAACUUAAAUCAAUCAAAGAUGAAAUACAAGACUACAAUGAAAUUCCGAAUUGUAAGGGUAAAGUCCUGGAUCUAGUGUUUUUGGAGCAAUCAAAUUUAUUAGUUCAAGUAGACCGCGCAACUGAUGUUGCUGCAAUCGUUGUGCUGCAUCCUCCUUUAGAAAUACUUUUAAAAUCAAAAAAAUAUUACAACUUAGCACAAAACUAUAACUUCACUAGUCGAAAUUUUUUUUAG